CAUGAUGACAUCAGGCUCUCUCUGUACACGACUCGUUACCUGAAGCGGGUCAGAUUGGCUCUGCUUUUUCACUUUUCAGGGACAAAUGUUUCUUCACUGAGGGAAUUCCUGAGCUCCGGGGUGUGUUGGGAAAUCCAGCCCUCCCCUCCUACCUUUGCCUAUAAUAUGACCCUCUCUAUUACAGGGCUGAAGCAGACAAGAAGGAGGAACUCUGAACACCACAGCAUGAAGUUGCAUUUGGUCCCUGCUUUAGCACUGGUACUUACCCUGGUGUCACCAAUUUGUUGUCAGCAGCGGGUAAACUGCAGAUGGGGGUCUUAUGGAGCCUGGUCUGAGUGUGACGCCUGCACCCGUACUAAGCUGCGGACUCGUCAUGUCGCAGUGUACGCUCAGUUUGGUGGGGCGCCAUGUUCAGGAGAAGCCACAGAAACUCAGCCAUGCGUCCCAGGAAAGGCGUGUCCCGUUGAGACCGGCUGUGGCGGCAGGUUCCGUUGCACCUCUGGUCAGUGUAUCAGCCAAUCUCUGGUUUGUAACGGAGACCAAGACUGCGAGGACGGUCUGGAUGAGCAAAACUGUGGCCAGGACAACAGCCAGUACUCCUGUGAUCUUAUCAAAACGCCUCCCAACGCUGACCUCACAGGCAAAGGGUAUGACGUCCUGACAGGGAAACUGAUGGCAGGCGUGAUCAACACGUUUAAUUUUGGAGGCCAGUGCAGGAAGGUUUUCAGCGGGAACCAUAAAGUGAUGUACAGACUGCCACAGAACAUCCUCAGGUUCAGCUUUGUGGUCCAUGUGAACAACGAGGAAAGUGACGAGUCCUACGAGAGCUCCUGGUCCUACGCUCAGCACAUCCAGUCCAACGCUCUGAUUGGACACGACCGCCGCAGCUUCCACAAAGAAGCCGCCGACAACAAGGCUUACAGGCUCAUAAUAUUGAAGAACAGAGUGGAGCUGGCCCAGUUUCAAAACUCUGCCCCCCAGUACCUGCCUCUCUCCGUAGACUUCUGGAAGGCCUUGUCCUCGCUGCCCCUUACUUACGACUACUCAGCCUACCGCCAGGUGCUGAAGACCUAUGGCACGCAUUACAUGUCAGAGGGCUCACUUGGAGGCGAAUACCAAGGCUUGUUGGAAUUGGACCUUCAAUCUGACUCAUCCCACAGUGUGACAGAUAUUGAGUACCAAAGAUGUUGGAAAAAAGUAAAGCGCUUCCUCUUCAUCAAGAAAACCAAAGUCACCUGUGAAAAGUUGCAGAAACAUCUGGAAUCCAGGGCAGGAGGCAGUUCACACAAGAUGCCCAUUAAGGUCAAUGUGUUUGGAGGAGAUCCCAGCUUCAUAGGCGCUCUGUCUGUUCUGGAUCUGCAGAAACCUGAAGCUAAUGGAGAAAUCUACAAUAACUGGGCCGCAUCUGUCCAAGACUUCCCUGAUAUAAUAAACCAGAAGCUUCGUCCUCUGUAUGAACUGGUGAAAGAGGUUCAGUGUGCCGGGUUAAAAAAACUCUACCUGAAGCGAGCGAUGGAGGAGUACCUGACAGAGGAGCAUCCCUGCCACUGCAGGCCCUGCCUGAACAACGGCCAGCCACUGCUGACGGGCACGGAGUGUCGCUGCGUCUGCAGACCUGGAACAUCUGGACCGGCCUGUGAGAGGGGAGCCGUGAUUGGACAACAACCAGGGGUGAUUCAUGGCAGCUGGAGCUGCUGGUCCUCCUGGGGAACCUGCUCUGGAGGCCAAAGAUCAAGAACCCGUAGCUGCAACAACCCUGCCCCUAGAGGAGGAGGACAGAACUGCAUCGGGGAGCAGAGGGAACAGAAACCCUGUGAAGAACCAGAUAUCCAGUACCUACAGAUGAUGGAGCCUCAGUGCUUCGGGCUUUCUAUAACUCCUCCAAAGCAGUGUGGACCUCCUCCAAUCCUGAAGAAUGGAUUUGUUGAGAAUCUUCAAGAUUUUUACACAGUGGGAAGCAGAGUUCAAUACUCCUGCAUAGAAGACUAUUAUCUCGUCGGCAGCGCCGUGUCCAGAUGUGGCGAGAACCAACAGUGGAGUACAGAGGAGAUGGUUUGUAAAAGUUCCACGUGCAGAACCCCUCAGGUCAACAGUUUAGUUGAAGCCACGCCCAUCAGAGACGCCUAUAAUAUCGGAGACAGUGUGUCCCUGUCCUGUCCUGCAGGCUCAGUGCUGGACGGUGAUGUGUCGGAGAUUGUCUGCAGCUCCAGUCUGCAGUGGUCUCCAUCUCCUGCAGAUAUUCAGUGCAAAACAGUGCUAACAGAAAUCGGGCCACCAAAUGAUCUGAAGUGUAAACCAUGGGAGAAGAUAGGAAAAUCCGGUUGUGUCUGUAAAAUGCCAUCCGAGUGCGCGUCUUCUGUGGAGUUUUGCACCAGGAUCGGUCCGAGAAAUCUGUUGUUGGGAGUUUGCCAGCUGGGGGCUUUGAGGUGUUUAGGGAGGAACUUCAUGCUGGCUGGACCUGCCGACUGUAACAGACCUCAGGAGACGUUUACAUCGUGUGAAGACUGCAAACCGGGGACAAUCUGUCAAGAAUCGCAGCAGAAAUGCAUAUGUCAGAGUCCGUCAGCGUGCCCUGGAGACUCCUUCCCCGUGUGCGUCAGCUCCGGCGAUGACGGCGCCGCUGUGACCAUGACGGAGUGCGAGGUGGGAGCCAGAAGGUGUGCCGGCGAGACCAUCAACCUGAUCAGCAUCGAGGCUUGUCCGCAGUAAAGACAGAACCACAUUUGUUUCCUAGUUUUACUCUGUAAAUAUUUCUUAGCGGCGGAACUGUAAAUAGAAAAGAUUUUUUUUUUCUAACACUUUUUGUUACUGUGAACCAGUGAAGACGUAACUCAUAAAUUGCUUUCUCAUAGAUUGUGUUUGUCAUAAAGUUAAUAAAACAAGUCAUCAGAA